AGCAUACAAAAGGGCUCUCUUGGAACAACAACAUCUUCUUAUGAUUUGAAAGCUGCAAACUUCAACAUCUCCAUCCUCUGCCCGCCUAAGGCUUACCCACCAUGGCUACCUCUCCAAGUACUACACCAGCUCCCAAAAAACGACUCAUUGUCUGUUGCGAUGGAACCUGGAUGGACAGCGACGGCAACUACCAGACUCCAUCAAACGUCACUCGCAUAGCUCGUGCCAUACCACCCACUGGCCUGGACAAUUCCGUCCAUCCUCCACAGCCCAUUACUCAGAUUGUCUUCUAUCAGAAUGGCAUUGGCACCGGAUCAAAGUCUCUUUACACGAAAUACGUCGGAGGCAUCACCGGUGAAGGUCUCGCUGAACACAUUCGGGAGGCCUACAGCUCCAUUUGUCUCAACUACAACCCUGGGGACGACAUCAUUCUAAUCGGCUUCUCCCGGGGCGCUUUUACCGCCAGAAGCAUUUCAUCCCUCAUCAAGGCCGUCGGCCUCUUGACCGCCAACGGUCUGGCCUUUUUCAACCAGAUCUUUGAAGACUGGGAAUACCAACAGAAUCCUGACUUCAGAACAAAAUGGCCUGAUAUCCCAUUCCCGAACCACAAACCUCCCGUCACUGAUCCCACUUACCAGAAGGAACUCCUCAAAAGGAGACUCGUCAGGCCUGGUAUCAAGAUCAAGUGUGUCGCCGUCUGGGAUACUGUCGGUGGAUUGGGCAUUCCCCUCGUUGGCCUCUUGCCCCAGCCCCCGAGCAAGGAUUUUGCCUUUGUCGACACUCGUGUUGAAUCCAAUAUUGAAUACGCCUUUCAAGCCUUGGCCCUGGACGAGCAUCGAAGAGCAUACACACCCACCAUCUGGGAUUGGCCCAAGGACAAGUCGGACCUUAAGGUCUUGAAACAGACCUGGUUUCCCGGCGUCCACAGUGACAUUGGCGGCAGCUAUGACGACACUGCAUUGGCCAAUUUAACUCUUGCCUGGAUGGUGAGUCAAUUGGAGCCACUCUUGACCGUGGACAGAGGCUACCUGAUGGAACUCAUCCGGCCAACCAGUGGCUUACUCAACCCCAUCUCCAACGGCGAGAAUGGAAACAACAAUACCCACCGAGGCAGUAUCCCCCGAGUCAAUACACACGGAACCACCAGACCCUGGGGCUUGGGCAAGAUCCACGAUAGUAUGACGCCGUUUUUCCGCCUCGGCGGCAGUGAAACUCGCACACCCCACGAGUACCGCGAGCAAGAGAGCGCGGCGCAACACGGCACAGUACUAUGGAUAGGAAAGAAAAUUGCUCACCAAGUCACCUCGAUCUUCCGCCAGGCCGACACCAGUCUGAAGCCACGACUAGCCAAGACCAACGAAACGAUUCACUCGAGUGUACGCAUCCGCAUGGGUCGACACGGAUACGGGUACGAUGACAAGGGCACAUAUGCUUCGGAGGCAUUGCAAGGCUGGGUCAUGUACGGCGAGGAGACCGACCCCGACACCCCUAUCGCACUGGAUGCUCCUGGCCUGGUGGGAAAAAUGCGAGACGUGGUAUGGAAGAAGGCCGUUCCGCGCGAAGAGACUCUCGACAACGGCAAGGUACGAGUCGUCAGCUCCGGAGCCGACAAAACUACACUAGAAAUCCCUGAGGAGCCGCUGGGCGACUUUGAGCGUGAAAUCUUGAAGAUGUGGCCCGAAAUCAACAACAUUUUCGACUCCACGGGCCCAGGAGAGCAUGAACACAAUGUCAAGCGUGUCAAGACUUUUCCUCCCCGUGGCCACCACAAGGGUAGUGGUAGUGGGAGUGGUUCAGACUCCAGCGCGGGUAGAGAUGGCUUGACUUUGAAUACCCAGACAGACGCGCAGAGAAGAAUUGGAACGUCUUGAUUAUAAGCCUCGGGACAUUGAUUCAGCAUGAGGCGGAGUGUCGAGCAUUUGUGGUAGCGAGCGUGAGGAAAAGCGAUGGAUGUAUCAAACAAACACAGUUCAUGGACAUGGAAAUGGA